UAUAGAACACAUACACUACAAGAAUGUCAUUCAACCCGGACGAGUUUGAAAAUAACAAUCCAUUUGCAGAUCCAUUAGCAGAGCAACACCAGAACCAACCUGCUCCUGUGCGAGAUAGUACUGCGCCGCCAAUUGAUUACAACAAUGGCGUCCAGCCCCCCACCACUGAGGAGGAAAAUGAGGGUGAUAACCAAGAAUCCAACUUGUUAAAUGAAAGUGGACAACUAACUGAAGCCGAGUUUAGGAAGCUCAUACCGGAGCGAUUUACUAACAAGUACGAGUUAAAGAUUAAGUUAAUCGGGGUUGAACGGAACAAGCCUGGCAACCCAAUUUUGAAAAUGGACGCCCAGGUCAAGGGAUUACCUAGGUUCAGACAAGUCAAAUAUAAAGACAUCCGUCGAACUUUCAACGAAGUGGUCAAGUUUAACAAGUACUUGACGAUAUCCAACUUGGAAGUGUUUGUUCCGGUUAUCCCCAGUGCCAACACGUCAUAUCCGACCAAUGGAGAAGACGAAACUAAGCAACUUGUGAUGGUGUGGCAAGAAUGGCUUGAUAGGAUUACAUCCAACCCUAUUUUAAUCAGAGAUGAAGAAUUUGUUUAUUUUAUUGAGAAUGAUUUUGGAUAUUCCGUGAUUAACAGUAACCGAAAGUCUUCUGUGGCCAGUGGGCUAAUGAGACAUACAUUGAAACAAUUUUCCGUACCUUAUGAUCCAUACGUAGAAUUGGCAGACUUCAGGCCUAUGAUUAAAAAUGCUUAUUUGAUUUGCCAGAAAUUGCACAAGAUCUUGGAUCGCCAUUCCAAAACCGAGAAGCAGUUGUCGAUACAUAUAUUCGACAUGUCCAACAAGUUGAAUGUGUUGUCCCAAUUUGAAAACACACAUCCAGGCAUGAAGAACAUGUGGGAGAAACUUGGGAAAAUCACCCAGAUUCAAUCGGAUUUAACUUUGAUCGAGUCGAUUAAUGACAUGGGAACUUUAGGCGACGGUGUGCAAGCAUUAAUUGACGAUUUCUACGAAAUUAAAGAGGCGUUAACUAAUAGACAUUUGAUCAUGCGGGAGCUCUUACAAGCCGAGGCUCAGACUGCUGCUAAACAUGCACAAGCCAACAAGAUUAAAAGUCGAUCCUCGUUGGAUCCAAUUAAGGUCGAUGAGGCAUUAAGAUCACUUGAAUAUGCCACAAAGGUAGAAGAAUCAUUAAACCUCCAAGUCAAGCGAAUCUCGGGAGAGAUGUUGUACGAACGUAAAGAGGUGAUUGACUUUACUGAAAAGAAAUUACAAAAGCUAGUGAAGUCAUUCACAUUACAUAAAGUGGAACAUCAUCGGAAAAUACUAAAACAUCUUGAGACCAUAAGGCUAGACAUUAGGAUCGUGGAUGAACGAGGAGGAUUAUCGCGAUUAAACAGAGACAAUUUGGGCAAUCUAAAACACAAUUUAGUUCAAUCACAGUCUGCAAAAGGUGAUUCUUGGUCUUCACGAACAUUUAGGUCUUUAGAAAAGGAGGAACAGGAACGAGAAAACCAGAAUGACUUGGGAGAAUCAGAUUCUUCUAAACCAUUUGACGAUGACAAUACAAAUAAGCUGAGUGUAGUUGACGCGAAGAAUGCCGCUAGUUUACUUGGUAUAGCUACUUUCUAACUUUUAUAGUAAUAAAGUUAACUCUAGUCAGGGUUUGAUAACUU